UACCCACCAUUUCUUGUUCUUGCCCGACUUUUUCCUCAGCUCUUUCUACUUUACCAACACAUUUUUUCUCUCCCAGACCCCAAUCUUGGAUUUUUCUUCACCCAUCUGAUCUCUCCUUCCUCUCCACUCUUCUUCGCACGCUCUGGAGGUUUACUCCCUCUACCCACUGUCUCAAUCCCUCCCAUUUCAGUCUUUUUGCACUUGGUUUCUUCUCAGGGCGCGAAUUUGCUUCUAAAUGUGAGUAAAUGUGUUUAUUCCUAUGAAGGGAGUGGUGAAGUUCCUCAAAGAAGUGAUUUUGUUCUGAGAGAAGGUACCAGAUGUCGCAGGGGAAGGCGACUAUGGUGGAUGAUGGAGUGGAAUACUCCUUCGCAAUGGAGUAUCAUGGCCCACCUAUCGCUCACGAGCUCCCACGAGCUGUACCAAUCAAUGUGGACAUGAUUCCGGUUGCUUCAGUUGUCUCACAGAUACCCUUAUCUCAUAGAUUUGGGUUGCCCGUCGUUCAUCCUAUUUCAGUGUCGGAUGUGGCGAAAGGGUUUUCCAAGGAACUGAAGAGAAGCUCCAAUUCCACUGUUUCCCCAACCUCUGUGAUUUCCCUUGACAGGAGGAGUACCCGGUACGAGGAUGAAUCUGCCAGAAAAGAGUUAGCUUUAGGGUCUCAGACUAAUCUGUCUCCAUGCUCGGUCAAUGAUGUUAUUGAUGAGAGAUUGCCAAGUAGUAGUGAUUGCAUUCCCAAUGAUGAAUCUAGUAGUUCUAGUCGGGUGGAGGGGGAAGGCGAGUUUUCUGGUGCGAUUAAUAUAUUGACCGAGUUAGGGUCUUCGUCCUCAAGACAAGAGCAUUCAGAUGAGUUAUUGGGCAGGGUGGGGAGUUCUGGUGACUUCAGAUUCUCCAGCAGCUUCGAGAUGUCCAGGGAAUUUUCUGGAAGUUCUCAGAGAGUGAAGAGGUUUCCGACUUCUGGUAAAGGGAGUGAACCAGAUUGGGCCUCUAAUGGUUCGGUGAUGAGUUUUGAUUAUCCAUCUUCUCGAGUUUCUUCUUCUAAGUUUGAGGACAACAGUAAUGAACAUGGACAAGAACUAAAGCGAGGUUCAAUUGUGACUUUUUGUAAUAUCAAGUCGGAUGAUGAAGAUAUUCGUGACGAAUUUAGUGGUCCUGAACCAGAAGUGACAAGGCCUAAGAAGGAACCUCAAGUGAAGGUGAAGAAAGGAGUAUGCUAUAGGUGUUGUAAGGGAAACAGGUUUACUGAGAAGGAGGUCUGUAUUGUGUGUGAUGCAAAAUAUUGCAGUAGGUGUGUGCUUCGAGCAAUGGGGUCUAUGCCUGAGGGAAGGAAGUGUGUGACUUGCAUUGGAUACCCAAUCGAUGAGUCCAAGCGAGGAAAUUUGGGCAAAUGCUCCCGAAUCCUAAAACGUCUGCUAAACGAAUUGGAGAUUCAACAGAUUAUGAAGACUGAAAAGUCAUGUGAAGUGAAUCAAUUGCCACCCGAGUAUGUGUGUGUGAAUGGAAGGCCUCUUUGCCAUGAAGAACUUGUUAUACUGCAGAACUGUGCGAAGCCUCCCAAGAAACUUAAUCCUGGAAACUAUUGGUAUGACAAAGUGUCUGGUCUCUGGGGAAAGGAUGGACAAAGACCUUCACAAAUUAUUAGCGCUCAUCUAAAUGUCGGGGGUCCUAUAAAGGUGAAUGCUAGUAAUGGGAACACUCAAGUUCAUAUAAAUGGCCGUGAGAUUACAAAAGGGGAAUUACGCAUGUUACGGUUAGCAGGAGUUCAAUGUGCUGGCAACCCACACUUCUGGGUGAACGAUGACGGUUCAUACCAAGAGGAGGGACAAAAAAAUACAAAAGGUUACAUAUGGGGCAAGGCUGGAAUGAAGCUGGUGUAUGCAGUGUUUUCACUUCCAAUUCCUUCAAAGUCAUCUUCUGUUUCUGGGGAUCAAAUGACGGACUCGCUCAAUAGAUCAGUACCUGGUUACCUGGAGCAAAGAACACUUCAAAAAUUACUUCUUGUUGGAUAUAGUGGGUCUGGCACGAGUACUGUAUUCAAGCAGGCAAAAAUUCUUUACAAUGAUGUACCCUUCACUGAUGAUGAGUGCCAACACAUAAAAUCAGUGGUUCAGAGUAAUGUCUACAGAUACAUUGCCAUACUUCUUGAAGGACGCGAGCGUUUUGAGGAACAAUAUUUGAAUGCACUGCCAAUGAAACAACCAUCAGAUGAAUCUGAUCAAGCAGGGCAAAGUGGUGGAAAUGACCGGAAAAAUUUGUAUUCCAUUUCUGCUAGGCUGAGAGCAUUUUCUGAUUGGCUUCUCAAAAUUAUGGCUUCUGGUAACUUGGAAGCUGUCUUUCCAGCAGCUACACGAGAAUAUGCUCCAUUAAUUGAAGAGCUGUGGAAUGAUGCCGCCAUCCAGGCUACAUACAGACGGAGAAGUGAACUGGAAACGUUACCUGGUGCUGCAAAUUAUUUUCUUGAGCGGGCUGUGGAUAUUUUGAAAGUGGAUUACCAACCUUCAGAUGUGGAUAUAUUGUAUGCUGAGGGUGUUACAUCCUCCAACGGGCUCUCGUGCAUGGAUUUUUUAUUCCCAGAGGCUGCGAAUAACGACAGCAUUGAUAGUUGUAUCCAGCCUGAUUCCUUGCUCAGAUUCCAGCUGAUCAGAGUACAGGCAAAAGGGUUUGGAGAAAACUGCAAGUGGAUAGAGAUGUUUGAGGAUGUUCGGAUAGUCAUUUUCUGCGUGUCUUUGAGCGAUUACGACCAAUACCGUGUAGAUGAGACAGGGGAGUUGGUGAACAAAAUGGUAUUGACCAAAAGGUUUUUCGAGAGCGUUGUCAGUCAUCCAACAUUUGACCAGAUGAACUUCCUCGUGCUGCUAAAUAAAUUUGACUUGUUCAAGGAAAAGGUUGAGCGCGUGCCCUUAACCAAAUGUGAAUGGUUUGCAGAUUUCCAUCCGGUGAUUAGCCGCCACGGUUCCAACCACUCCCCAUCUUUGGGCCAUCUUGCGUUCCACUAUAUCGCUGUCAAGUUCAAGAGGCUCUUUUCGGCUCUCACCGAUAGAAAAUUGUAUGUUUCCAUGGUAAGAGGUUUGGACCCAAAGAGUGUUGAUGAAUCCCUCAAGUAUGCAAGGGAGAUACUUAAGUGGGACGACGAGCGGCCGAAUUUUAGCUUCAGCGAGUCGUCGUUCUACAGCACCGAUGCAAGUUCCAUCUCACCUUAAUGAUGGGUCUUGUUCCACAUGCGGCUCUUGUACAUAUUUAUAUAUCUAUAUACUCCCUCUGUCCGAAUUUAUUUGUCCAUUUAAAAAAAAAUCAUUUUUCAAAUGUCAAAAAAGUCUUUCAAUUGAGUUCGUUACCCAUUCAUACUCUUAUCUUCUGGAUAUUUACGAAAAUUCAUCUUAAUUUCUUUAUUGAAUAUGAAAUGUGGAUAAUUGAAUCAGGAGAAAGGGAGUAUAUAUAUACACUAAGAUGGUUUACAUUACAUAAAAAAGAAAAGGAAUGAAUGAGAAGGAAAAUA